GUUUGAUGUGUUUUUAGGAGCGGUAUAUAUGGGAAUAAAGAUGUGUGCGGUUGUUUGCGAAAUUAUGUCAGAACUAUCGAUUUUUGUCGCUUGAAUAAUGUUGUGUUUUGGUGGCCAGUAAAGUUUGCGUGCCAGAGGCGUACACAUAAUAAUUUAAAAAACUGCAAAAUAGUAUCUUAUCUACAAAUAUUAUACAGAUUGGCAGAACAAAAUUUAAUAGAGAUCCUAAAUUUGAUUUUAUUGGCAAAGGCAACCGAGCACUGACCGAAAAAGUUAAACCCAAUAUGUUCGGUCCUUUGUCUGAUAAAUAUCCAUCGAUUUAUCCACGUGGAGAAACCAUAGAAAUACCCGGUUGGAUAGCUUUCGACAAAAAAAUUUUAUGUUUUGAUGCAUUUUUUCAAGAAACCUUACAAGAAGUCAAAGGAUCCCCAUUUCUAAUUAGAAAAGUAAAGAUUUACUUGUUUUUGGAAGACGGAACAAUACAAGUUGUAGAACCACGCGUAGAAAAUAGUGGAAUUACCCAAGGAACUUUAAUCAGUCGACAGCGAAUUCGUUUCCCUCCACCGAUGGAUGAUAACUUUUAUGAUAUAAUAGACUUUAAUAUCGGUAGGGAAAUUGAAUUUUAUGGUAGAGUAUUUAAAAUCACAAAUUGCGACAGAUUUACCAGAACUUUUCUAAACCGCUGUGGAAUAAGCAUUCCAGAUCCCAUAGAAACUCCUCCUGAUCCUUACAUGAGUAUCAGAGCGCAUGACAUGGAUUCCAUGCAACCAAAAAAGCCUGUUAAAAUCCAUGAUCCGCUAGGAAAAUUUCUAGCCAAUGAUAAAAAGGUCCUGCAUUUUACCGGAUACUGGGAUGAUCAAAAGACAUUAUACGGCUACAUUCACCAUUUAGAAAUCCGAUACUAUCUGGCAGAUGAUACGAUCGAAAUAAAAGAACUACAGUCGGAAGCUGGAGGCGAACCAGCAUUUAUGUUUUUGCGACGAGGAAAACUGCCUAAACUUUAUAAAGAUCUAGCCGCUCCUGGUCACGAUUCAAACUACACUGUACUUAAUGUCUUGGGUUCUGCACUUGGUAAUCGAAGAUAUAUUAUGGAUCCUCUUGACUGUGGCAAAGAGACUAUAGACUAUUACUGCGAAAAAGAUCUUAGUAUUGGCGCUAUUAUGAACUGUUACGGAAGAAAAAUAGUGAUCACCGACUGUGAUUCAUUUACCAGAGCAUAUUACGCCGAAAAGUACGGCAUAAGCGAAUUUACACCAAUCCAAAUACCCGAUAAUCAGAAAUUAUUCAAAAUUAUUCCUCCCCCAAAACAAAGAGAACUUCCCCCUUGGAACGGUUUCGGUACUCACGAGGAUUCAGCUCAAAAUUGUAUAACUGUAGAACCAAAGGCCCCCUUCAAGGAUUUUAAGAAGUUCCUUAUGUAUGACAGGGAUGGACUGGAUAGCCAUAUAUUAAGAUUCGCAGCUAGAAUGAAAUCGAAGAUUCCAGAAAAUUGCGAUAGAAAUUUUAUUAUUAGUUAUUACUUAACUGACGAUACCAUGGCUAUAUUUGAAACAGCCAGAAAAAAUUCAGGGUUUAAAACAUCUUGUUUUCUGUCACGAUGCAAGGUAAAAUUGCCAGGCCAAAAGAUGUUUGACAGUAAACCACCAUUGUGUUACACACCUCAACAUAUGUUUAUUGGUGCUACUCUGAUAGUCAAUGACUUCGAAUUUAUUUUGGUAGAUGCUGACGAAUAUUGCUUACGGUUUAUGGAAUUAAACGCUAGUCAAUACCCGAAAGCCAAUAUCGGCCUCAUUAUGGAUAAAGUAAGAGAAAAAUUGAGACCAAUAUACAAAGACUUUGUAGCCGCCAAUGUCAAUGCAGAACAGGAGACGAAAGCAAUUUCUUAUGAUAAAUUAAGAUCACAGUUAUGUCAAAUUAUGGGACCAGAUUUUACUGAACAUGAUAUGGUGACGAUAUCUAGAGCGUUUUCGGCCGUGUGUUAUAAGGAACGGUACGAUCGAGAGAAAAUACGGGCAAUGACACUGACAGAAUUAAAGAGAUUUUUAUGGGACGAUCUAGAUCGUCUUAAAGAAUAUUUAAUUCAAGCUGAUACCAAUAGAUCCGGUAAAUUAUCUCAAAAAGGAUGUAGAACAGUCUUAAAAUCUUGUCGACUACCUCUAGAUAACGUCUUAAUUGAUAAGAUAUUGUCAAUAAUGAAAAAAGACGAAAACUGUGAAAUUAUAUAUGAGGAUUUGCUACAAUUUUUAGACAGAAACAUCAGUCCAAUGUCUGACGUUCCUCCAAGUAAUAUUAAGUUUGAAUUAUGGUGGGGUUCCGAAAAAGAACCGGAAGCUGGUACGAUGAUCGACUGGUGCGAAUUUAAUAAAUACCUUGACUUGGAGUACACCUUUACAGAAGCCAUCAAAGACGCCUCAAUAGAUGACACUCUUAAAGGAGUGUCGCAAAAUAAUGAUCAGCAAAAUAAUACCCAUUAAUAAUAGAUGACGAAACUUUUAUUUUGAAUAUAUUUACACCAAAACAGAUUUUAUUUAUUAAAUAAAGAUUGGUAUAUAAUUUAUGCCGUUUUA